UUUGGAUUUUAUAAAAUAGGAGAAAAUGUUUAGAAUUUAAAGAACACUAGAUAGCUUAAUGUGAUCAUAUGCAAUGCAUAUGUUUCUCCACAAUAGUUAAAACUUAAUCAGCAGCCACGGGGCAGCCGAAGAAGCAACAGCAACAGCAGAAGCAGCAAACUCAAAAGCAACAGCAGCAACACCACAAAGAAAGGAAAACAUACACUCACACAUAGCCACCGACCCUUGCAUGUACGUUCACACACACACACCCACACAGCGCGGAAGAGCAAGGGAAAAGCAAACACAAGCACAUAGAACGGAGCUUUUCCAGGAAUUGGGUCGCGUUUUUGUGUUGUUGCUUUUGGCAAAUGUUAUGGCAACUCUCGAUGCGUGUAUAUGUGUUGUUUGAGCGCUGCCCCGCAGGAGCAAAGAGCGUACAGUAGGAGCGACCCCACGAGCAGCCAUUCCCCCCCAACCACAAUAAGGAGACCAUCCAACAGACGACUUUAGCCAGAGCCAGAGCCACAGGCACAGUUGAUAUCCAUCCAGCCGCAUCCAGCCAUGAGUGUUGUGGGCAAGCAAUUGAAUCCCGUGCAAUCUUCCUCCGCCAGCACAGCCUCUGCCUCUGCUGCUGCAAGUGCCGCUGCGGCGGCCGCUUCUAUUUCCGCACCAGGCAACGGAGACGGUAACGGCAGCAGCGGUGGGCAGAUGGGUGGUGGCGCGGCUGCUGCUGGCGCCUCGGGUGCCGAGGGCAAGCGCAAGGAGGAGUCCAACGUCAGUCCCGAGGAGGUGCUGAAUCUCACAAAGAUCACGGACGACUACCUCUGCUCGGCCAAUGCCAAUGUGUUCGAAAUAGACUUUACACGCUUCAAGAUACGCGAUCUGGAGAGUGGUGCCGUGCUCUUUGAGAUCGCCAAGCCGCCCAGUGAGCAAUUCCCGGACGGCCUGUCCGUCGAGGAGACAAUGCUGGCCGCCGCCGAGGAGCUAUCGCUUGACGACACUGCCGAUCCCAAUGCCGGACGCUAUGUGCGCUAUCAAUUUACUCCGGCAUUUCUCAACCUAAAAACUGUUGGCGCCACGGUGGAGUUCACUGUGGGCAGUCAGCCAGUGAAUAAUUUUCGAAUGAUUGAGCGGCACUUCUUCCGUGAUCGUUUGCUGAAAACCUUCGACUUUGAGUUUGGCUACUGCAUUCCGUACUCGAAGAACACUUGCGAGCACAUCUACGAGUUUCCUAAUCUUCCACCCGACCUAGUUGCUGAAAUGAUAUCGAGCCCCUUUGAGACGCGCUCGGACAGCUUUUACUUUGUGGAGAAUCGUCUUGUGAUGCACAACAAGGCCGACUACGCCUACGAUGGCGGCAUUAUUGUCUAACCAAACUAAAAACCAAAAAAGAACACAAAAAGAUGGCACAAAAAAACAC